UAUCAAUAAAACUCUCUCUCGUCUAACUUUAAAGACAUGAAGAUUCUUUCAUUCUACGUUCUGCUCCUGUCUGUGCUUUCUCAAUCCCUCCAUUGCUGCAGCCAACAGGACCUCAAAGAUAUCGUUGACUGCUCUUUCAAUUCCACAAACAAAGUAGCGUAUGACUGCAAUGGCCUCCAAAAGUCAUGCAUCUCCUUCGUAACUUUCAGAUCCAAUCCUCUUUAUGAUACCCCUCUUAACAUUGCCAAUCAUCUUAGCUCCCAAGCAGCUUCCAUAGCCUCCAUCAACAACAUCUCCAGCAAUAACAACAACAUUCCCAUCGAUCAACUUGUUAUUGUUCCCAUCGAUUGUUCCUGUUUGGGUGGAAUCUACCAGCAUCCCACUUCUUAUACCUUGAAGGCAGUUGACACCUACUUUACUGUGGCCAACAACACUUAUCAAGGCCUUGCCAUUUGCCAGAUGUUGCUUCGACAAAAUUAUGUCAUCGAUCCCACUGCAGGCAAACAGGUUUCAGUUCCAAUCUCAUGUGCUUGUCCCACUGCUAACCAGAUCUCAGAUGGGGUCUCCUUCCUGCUACUUCACACAGUUGUAUUUGGGGAUUCAAUUGAGUCAAUCGCAAAGGCCUAUGGUGCAGAUCAACAGACUCUGCUAACCGCUAAUAAGUUGCAUCUAAAUGAUCUCAUCUAUCCCUUCACAACUUUUUUAGUUCCCAUCAAACCUUCUUCCUGUAAACUUAAUCCGCAUUUAUUCUACUGCACCUGCUCAUUCUCUCAGAAAUACCUUCCGAGUUCAAGUUUCAACACUCUCGAUUGUGAUCAUCUUCAAAAAGAUGCUCGUCGUUUCCCCAUCAAAUUGGUUGCUUCUUUAGGUGCUGGUAUUGGUGCCGGACUUUUGUGCUUAUUUCUUUUGAGUCACAAGUUACAUCAAUGCCUAAAACAAAAGAAAGAAAGAAUCCGUCGGGAAAAGUUGUUCAAGCAAAAUGGUGGCCUCUUGCUACAAGAAAAGAUAUCAUGUUAUGGAAACCGAGAGAAAGCAAAACUUUUUACAGUGGAUGAGCUGGAACGAGCAACAGAUAACUACAAUCAAAGUAGGUUUCUUGGUCAAGGUGGAUUUGGAACCGUUUAUAAAGGAAUGUUACAAGAUGGUAGCAUUGUCGCAGUCAAGAAGGCAAAAGAAAUUGUGAGAAACCAGAUUGAGACUUUGAUUAACGAAGUGGUGAUUCUGUCCCAAAUAAACCAUAGGAACAUUGUCCAACUCCUAGGUUGGUGUCUAGAGACUGAAGCCCCAUUACUGGUAUAUGAAUUUAUUCCCAAUGGAACCCUUUCUCAUCACAUCCAUAACCAGGAACUCGAAGCAAAGCUUUCAUGGGACAACCGUCUCAGAAUUGCUUGUGAGGUUGCAGGAGCACUGGCCUAUAUGCAUUCUGCAGCUUCCAUUCCCAUCUUCCAUAGAGACGUCAAAACUUCAAACAUACUCCUGGAUCAUAAGUAUAGUGCCAAAGUGUCUGAUUUUGGGACUUCAAGAUCAGUCCCAGAUGAUAGGACUCACUUAACCACAGUGGUACAAGGCACUUUUGGGUACAUUGAUCCUGAAUACUUCCAAUCUAGUCAAUUUACAGAAAAAAGCGAUGUAUACAGUUUUGGGGUUGUACUUGUAGAGCUCAUCACUGGAAGGAAACCCAUUACCUUCUCAGAAGAAAAUCAGGGUCAAAACCUAGUUGCAGAAUUUAUGUCUCUGACAAAGAAGGAUAAGGUUUUUGAGAUUUUAGAUGCUAAAGUUGUUCAUGAAGGAAGGAAAGAUGAUCUUCUUGGGAUUGCAAAUCUUGCAAAGAGAUGCUUGAGACUGAAUGGGAAGAAGAGACCCACAAUGAGAGAGGUUUCAGCAGAGCUAGAAGCAUUGAGAAAGACACAAAAUAACAUAAAGAUCACUGAAUGUGCUCUUGAAUUUCCACAUGACAGACAAUCUGCUAACCACGCCACUCCUUCUGAAUCAGACCAAGAUUCCACAGAAGAAAACAUAUUAUUUUUCCAAAUAGACUCUACACCCAGCUAAAAGUGAAGACACCCCACAGCAUUCUUUUCUCCCCUUUUUAGGAAAUUAAGGUCCAUGUUCCUAGGAGGAGAGAUUGUACUAUCGACAAACCUCAAGAAAGUGCAGCAAGAAAAAAAAAACAAGAAAGUCAGUUUGCUUUGAUACCAUGAAAUUACAAAAGCAUGCAGAGCAGGAAGGUAG